CUCAGAGAGAUAGGGAGGACGUACAGCCAGAGGAAACAGACACACAACACCUAACAGAGAUGUCUGGUGGUCCCCUCUCCUGCUUCUCCAAACAGGGAAUACUCCUACUCUCUAUCCUCCACUAUGGUGUGGGUAUUUCUAUGUUGUUCAACAAAGGAGUGGGGGACUCAGUGGAGCUGCCCUCAGGCUUAGAAAGGAAAGAUUUAAAGUCAAUGGAGUGGAAGUAUAACAAAAUGGUCAUUGCAGAAUUUGAAGAUAACUUUACCUUACCAAGAUCACAGUUUGAGGGGAGACUAGAAAUGAACGACAAUAACUUUAGUUUAACAAUCAGAGAACUGACACUGCAAGACUCAGGUGAAUUUCUAGUUUCUGCCGCAUCAAACGAAGGACACCAGAUUCCAACCAUGACCAUCCAUCUUCAGAUCCAUGAGCCUAUAUCCAAGGUGGCGAUCCAGAAGAAGAUUAAGCUAUUGGCCAACCAGUCCUGUUCAGUGUGGCUGCUGUGCAACGUGUCAGUCUGCUCCAACCUCUCCUACACCUGGGACAGAGGGAAUGAGACGUACAGGGACGACCAGCAGAUACACUUCUCUCUGUCACCAGCAGACGGAGACAUCAGUGUAACCUGCAAUUCCUCCAACUCAGUCAGUUGGAAAUCUGCAUCUACAACAGUAAAGUGUAGUAAUGACACAACAACCCCAGAGGAUGAUACAUGGCUGGCCUGGUAUUGGAUCUACAUCGGGGUACCAGUAAGAGGCGCUGUGGUGCUGAUCCUCACUGUAGCUGUGGCAGUGUAUUACUGCAGGGGCCGCUGUAACACGGCAGAUCUAACUGACCGGCACCAUACACAAGAAUCCCGUCCCCAAGAUACAAGAUCAAACAGUCAGGCAAUGUCCAUCUAUGAGACAGUAGGUGAUCUGGCUGUCCCAAGACUGAACACGCCGCAGACUCUGUAUGACAAGAUCACAUUUGGACGCCAGCCAGAAGCCCCUUCUUCUUCCAACCAGGAAGUACUGUGAGCUGAACAGGAUGUGGUCAUAAGCUGGGCUUCUAUAGAUAUAGACCCCUCUACAUCCUCAGCAUCCUUCAUGUGUACCUUCUGUACAUAGAUGUUACUGUUUCAUUUCAUCACGACCUGCACAUUUCUGUUUUGUUUUGCUUACUUGUUCAGAACUAGAAUCUUCGUCUGUUCAUGAUCAUUAUGUGGUACAACUUGUUAUUUUCAAGAUAUUCAGAGUUACAUAACUAUUUCCUAGGUUCUAUUGCAUUCUAUUGUUGCAUUAAGUGUUUAUAUUUGCGUAAUAACAACUAAUAGCAAUACAAAACUAUAUUCUUAAAGAUUACCAGUGAUUCUGUGGGACUCUACAAGCGUUGAAAACAAUUGAUUUGUAUGUAUUGUAGUUUAGAUGUGUAUUGUACAGUAAAAAGUUUUACAUUCCACAGACAUGCUUUGUAGAAAUCACAUAGGCCACAUUCCCAUCAAUUCAAAAUAUGCUCAAACUAUAUUUUGUUAUUGUGUGAAAUCAGACAAUGAAUAGACCUUAAAACAAUAAUACUGUCUUUACAUAUUGAGAAAAAGGAGAGAACAUCCUAAUAAAUAUAAUGAUUUGUAGAAAUCAUAACGCAGAGAUCAUAUAAUGAUUCACAGUCACAAAAGUGCAGUAUUUGAGAAAGGCUACCUUUAAGUGAUAGAAAAACAUGAAU